UGUGAUAAUGGAGGAGUUUCAGAGUGACUCUGAACUAACUGAGGCCUAUAAUUCAAUAGAUUUUGCCACAAUUCUCUCCUAAACAUGAUUGUUUGACUAAUCGAUAUCAUUGUUAAUCUUUGGUUUACUUUGCAGACAAGUUGAUGUUCAAGAUUUACUUUAAAAAAUAUAUAAGAGACAGUGGUGAGAUCAAGGAGCUCCUUGGUGAGAUCGAGCUGCAUUGAGAGCUGUAUGUAUGACCGAACAACAUGACUCAUCUACUACGAUAUCUUUUGAUAUUUGGUGAUAGAAAAAAGAAAGUUGAGCUCUCGGUGAGGGAGGAGCUAGAGAAUGUGAAGGUAGAGACAUUGAAACAAAAAGCCAGAGAACUAUUCAAUCUCCAGAAUGUCAUUCUUCAGAUCUGGGACAAGGGGUUUGAAGACUGGGUUGACCUUGAUGAGGGUGACCCAACACCCACCAACAGUAGGAUCAAGGUGGAGGUCAACAAAGAAGCCAAAAGUGCAUCGUCCAAUCAAGCAACCUUGUUGGUUCCAACCUCUAAGAUAGGGCCCCCAACAGUUCAAGUUCGGCCAUCCUAUCCAGCAUUUGCAUUGACAACUUUGGAAGUUCCUCAAACAGUUUCUUCACCCCCAUCGUCUAUCAAAUUGCAACAGCUUUCACAUCCUGUGUCCUCUCCGCAGUCCGUUGUGCUGCCUCAGAGGACGAUGUCUGAUGGUCAAAGACAGUAUGGAACUGAACAACCUACAGAAUCACAGACUACAGGAAGGACGUCAUCUUUGACUCAGGGUGGGACUCUAGACGUUGGAAGAAGUAGCAUAGACGGGAGUAAUAAUGCCAUGGGAGGCUGUCAACAUUGUUCACCAGUCACUUUGCUUUCCCAAGAUAGAUCAGUCCUCGAUCACAUCCAGCAGUCCUUCUCUUUUCCUACAAGACUGCCUGAGGAAACUUCAACCCCGUCCCUGGAAGAUACGGCCACCCAAACACCAUUAUUGCAACAGGAAGACCAGCCAGUUGAAGCUCUGAAUGAAUCUGUACCAGGGCAAUACCUGCAGGGUUCAGUAAGAACAGCUAUCAUUCCUUCACCUGACGAUGUGUCUUGCCAAAACACUUCUGCAGAGCAUGGCAACAGACUAGUUGCGGAGACAAUACAGCAGUCUUCUCCUGCACCAUGUAUGAAUAACUUACCAACUCAAGAAAUAACAUUUCCUGCAACUCAUGAUAUUGUGACCAACCCACAAACAGCCACGUGCACGGCCGAAGGUCAAGAGGAUCAUGUAGUCCAGAAGCUGUCAGGCAUAGGCAUGUCACGUGAGACACCUGAAGACAAAGUUGUUCAGGAGUCAUCUUCUGUGCAUUUGUCUAGAACUACAAGGGUCCCAGAGGAAUCCUUGCACUGCUCUCAUAAUCCACUUCAUCAGACCACCCCAAAUUAUGUUAAAUACAAACCAAAUGUGAAUGUAUCCCAGGAGGCGCACUUUGCAAAGGAUUCUGCAGGAAGUAUUUCCUACUCUCAAGACCAUGUCCCAUCUCCUAUUUUCCCUGAAAAUGAGUUAACAAAUUCAGGACAACGAGGACAGGAUGGGGAGCAGAUGCCUGAUGGUGAUCAACCUCCGUUACAGGAUCAUAUUGAUCUGGUUCUCACUGAUUACAAACUGCCUUCGUUUCCUGCUGAAAUCAUCCAGAGACUUGACCAUGGUGCAUGUCUGGAACCUAAGGAGAAGUCCAUUAUCCUGGAUACAAUCUUUGAGAGUGUCAUUCCAUUUACAUAUUACCCAUCCAGCUCAGACUAUACUUACUUGACAAAAAAGCUCUUGGAGAAGUAUCCAAAGCUUCUACCUCAAGUUGGCGCCAUCCAAGAUUUUCAUUAUCAGUGGGAGGCAUGGAGACAGAAAUUGAUGUACAAGUUUAAGAACAGGCGUAAACGCCAGGACAGAGAUGCUCCCAGUGUACGGCACUAUAAGCGCAUGAAGGAAGGGGAAUUAGACAAGGACACGACUGCUUACUCCAACACAGCUCAUUCGGAUAUAACUUGUCUUAAUGGGGCUGAUGAUGAGGUCUCUGAAGCAAUGGUUGAUGAGGAACUUGCAGGAGUUUGCCAGAAAGACUCUUUAAAAACUUGCAUGGACAAAGAUAUAAAGGCUAAUCAAUGUGACACACAAGAUGUUGCUUCAGAAUGUCUGAAUCAACCGCUGAGCCCUCAGCCUGCGAGGAUUCUAGAAAGGAAUAACCCUUCUUUAGACCCACCCCAGCAAUGUAAACCUGUCCAAUCGCACAAUGAUCUUGUAAUGGCCUGUGUCAUGGACUCUGUGUCUUCUCGUGUAGACUUGGAGGAUUCUGGGAUUGCUGAUAAAAGCAUACCUUUGUCUCAGAAGGAUGGCUUUCACCAGGAGCCCACUUCACACCUCCAAAUUAGGUCUGUUAUAGGGGCCUUCCAGGAGUCUAGUUCAUCAAUGUGUAAUGAAGUUUCCAGGUUACCGAGAAGUAAUUUACAGAUGUCUGAACACCACACUAAAGACAGUGUUCCUAGCUGUCAACCGACCAUGCCAUCUUCACAAAAUAAACCAACCAUGGAAGUUGAAAUGCUGCCCGGUUGUUCAUCAUUGUAUGGACAGAUUUUAAAGAGUUGUGGCAGUGCACUUCUCCCCUCCAGAGAUUAUUCCACUUCUCUCCAUUCCCACAAGAAUGUACCCUCCAGCACUGGACAAGAGCAGAGGCUGACGGAAGGUCCACGUGCCCAGAGCCCCACCUUCGUCUUUCCCGAAAGACCAUCACUCUCUGGUUACAAACUGCCAAAAUUCACUUCUACUAUCAAUAGAAAAAUCAAGAAUUGCAUACCUAUAGAAAGCCAUGAUAGAUCCAUUAUUUUGGAUACGCUGUAUGAAAGUGUCAUUCCCUACACAUUUUAUCCAACUGCUGCAGAUUACAUCUAUUUGACAAGCAUCUUUUUGAAUCAGUAUCCACAGCUUUUCAGCCAGGCCGGACCAACGCGUGCUGGAGCAGAUAAUUUUGAGGCUUGGAGACAGAAACUGAUGUACAAGUUCAAGAACAAGCGGAAACGCCAGGACCGGGAUGCUGCAGCUGUACAAGAACGUACCCGUAAGAAAACUAGGAAUCCUGAGAGUUUAGACGAAGGUAGCAGUGGACUAAACUCGGGUGACAUAGAUCUGGUAACCAGUUAUUUUUCUGAUGAUGCUGCUGCCGCUGCUGCUGAUGAUGAUGAUGUCCUGGAAGUGAUUGAUGAUGAUGAAGACAUUGUGAAUAAAGAAGACACUACAUACCAUGUAAUGGCUGCAGAUACAACCAAGAUUGAUGAUACACCAAUGAGUGAAGCAGUCAAGGAGUCGAACUCUGUGCCUUUGAACAGCACUAGGAAUCCUGAUAGAAACCUGCCCUGCUCACAGAAUCAGCACUCCAAUCCACCAAACACUUUACUCUUACAAAACCAACCAGUCAAGGAAGUCAUCCAAGAAUCUUCAUCCAUGCAGCGAUCAGUCUAUCCAAGACCUCCAGAAAGGACCUUACCUUCUCAACAUCCUGGAGUCAAGGGGGGCCUACCAACCAACUUGGGCAGGGGAGAUAAUCAAAUAGAAACUCACCAAAGACAGAGUUCUCCAACAUUCAGACCAGAAUCUUUGACACUCUAUGAUUAUAAACUCCCAGAGUUUCCUUCUCACAUCAUUCAAAAACUGAGUUGUGGUAUGCAAUUAGCUACCAAAGACAUAUCUACUCUGCUGAACAUCCUCUAUGACAGUAUCGUGCCUUACACCUAUUAUCCAUCUGCUUCAACUUACAACUAUAUUACAAAGAUGUUAUUAGAACAGUAUCCACAACUUCUCUCCCAGACUGGCCCCAUGAAAGAUUGUCCGGACAGCUGGGAGGCAUGGAGACAGAAAUUGAUGCACAAGUUCAAGAACAGGCGCAAGCGCCAGGACAGAGAUGCUCCCGCCGUACAACAACGAUUCCAUAAGAAGUAUAGUAAUAUUGAUGGACUUGAUGAAUUUCCAGGUGAAAGUGAACAAGACCUGAAUGAAGGCAGAGAUUCUGAUUGGAUUGAAAAGGAUGAUGAUGAGGGUAUUGUCUUUGAGGUGGUGGAUGAUGAGGAGGAGGACAUAGUAGUUAAAGAAGAAAACACCACUAUGGCCGCAGACACGACCAACCUUGGUAGUCCAUCAGUCAAGAGAACAGUCCAAGAGUCUGUUUCUUUGCCUUCGUACAUCCAGAGUUCAAGGAGCACUGAAGAUGAUCCAAUUUACCAACCAAGCAUUUCAAUGUCACAAGGAAAACUAGUCAAUGAAAUCAUCCUGGAGUCUUGUUUCCCACAACCAUCAAUACAAGUGUCCAGACACCCAGAGACUAUCUUGCCUUCCUACCAAGAAGGUCUUCAGAGCACCGAGGAGACCUUCUCAUCAAGCUCAAUGCAAAGAGAGAUGCAGAUAGAAAACGAACAAAGGAAGCGUUCUCCAAUUGUACGACUAGAAAGCUCGAAACUCCGCGAUUAUAAAUUACCGGAGUUUCCUUUCAGCGUCCUUCAUAAACUGGAUCGUGGCAUUCCAUUAGCUACCAAAGACGUAUCUAUUCUCCUGAAUACCAUGUAUGAGAGUAUCAUUCCAUACACCUAUUACCCAACCAAAUCAGACUACAACUACUUUACCAAGAUAUUACUGGAACAGCAUCCACAACUUCUUCGCAAUGGCCCCAAACAAGGCAAUUGUCCAGAUAACUGGGAGGCAUGGAGACAUAAAUUGAUGCACAAGUUCAAGAAUAAGCGGAAGCGCCAGGACAGAGAUGCUCCCGCUGUACAAGAAAGAGCACGUAGGAAAUUUGAUGAUCUAGAUGAAUUCCAAGGUUUCAGAGAAGACACCUUGAAUGAAAGCAGAGAAUGGAUUAGCGGUGAUCAAUAUGAACAGGAUGAUGAAGAUGAGGUCUUUGAUGUGAUGGAUGAUGAUGAGGAUGUUGUAAUUGAAGAACAAGACACCACAUACCAUGUCAUGGCUGCAGACACAACAGAUAUUAGUUUUCCACCAGUCUCUAGAACAAUUCCAGAAGCUAGUUCUUUGUCUCCGUACAUCCAAGGCUCAGGGAACCCUGAGAGAAACCUUCCAGUUUCACAAGAUGAUCAGAUUCACCAACCAAGUGCUUCAUUUUCACAAACCAGACCCAUCAAGGAUGUAACUCAAGAGUCUAGCUUAUCACAAACACCAUUGCAAGAAGCAAGACUCCCAAAGACAGCCUUGCCUUCCUUCCAAGUAGUUCCUCACUCGGCUACAAUUGAUGAGGACUUGCCACAAAGGAAGAGUCCUGCAACUUUAAGACAAGAAAGGUUGUUUCUGUAUGAUUAUAAACUCCCAGAGUUCCCUUCUCACAUCAUUCAGAAACUGGAGUGCGGUGUUCAAUUAGCUACCAAGGACAUUUCUACUCUGCUGAACAUCCUCUAUGAGAGUAUUGUGCCAUACACCUUUUACCCUACUACUUCAGACUACAACUUCUUUACCAAGAUAUUAUUGGAUCGUCACCCAAAGCUUCUCACUCAGGCUGGACCAAAGGGAGGCAAUCAUCCUGAUAACUGGGAGGUGUGGAGACAGAAAGUGAUGCACAAGUUUAAGAACAAGCGUAAGCGGCAGGACAGAGACGCCCCAGCUGUACAACAGCGAGCCCACAGGAAGUUUGGGUGUUACGAAGGACUUGAAGAACUGCCAGGUUCCAGUGGACUACACCUGAGUGGAGGUGACUGGAUAACCAGCAGUUGUCCAGAGGAGGAUGAGGAUGAAGAUGUUGGUGAUGUCUCAGAGGGGAUAAUUGAGGUCAAGGACAUCAUUAUCAAGGAAGAAGACACAGAAUACCAUGUCAUGGCUGCAGACACAACCAAUGUUGGAGACACUUGAAUGCUGUGACCAUUCAGUUAGAUGAGAAGUGGGUCAACUGGUUCCAGUGGCAGUUGAUAUCAUCUAGAUGACCCCUGAGGCCAAUGGUGCUGCCCUUUUUACUUUGAGGAUAAUGAAUGUUCCUUAUCUGCUGCUACUAAUAGCACUUGAGAUCAUGGGGACUGUUUCAUAAAACUUGCAAUAACAUUUAAAAACUACUGAAAUCAUUCAGUAUCAUUGGCUGACAGUAAUUGUUCAUUUCUGAAUGAAUAAGUCAUUGGGUUGAUCCAUCAGCAAGACGUCAUAAUCCUGGACCUAUUUAUCUCGAGGACAGAAAGGAUCUAAUGGAUGACCUUUGACCACUCUUAUUUUUAGCACUAAAGGUUUGCAAAGAUAUUCAAUAUUUGUAUUUCCUUUGGUCACCUCACCAUUAAGAAGACAAGUCAUGAUGAUGACCCUUGACCCCACUCAACUAAUAACAUUGAAAAUCUUAUCUUAUGUAGGCUGGGAGAGGGAUGCUCUCGGGCAACGUAUGAAUUAUGACAAUAAAACUGUCAUGCUCUUACGUACCAAUAUUCAAGGCUAAUAGGAGCCCCCCAUCCCUCUGUAUUAUUUAAAAACCAAGAUAACCCAGCCUAGUCUGGGUUCAAGAUCUGGGGGAAGUGGUUGAUUUCAUGCUUACCACAUAAGUAGCUGUUUUUUAGAUGAAAAAACGCGUUCAUAUAUGUGGGAAUAAUUAUACUUUUACAUUGGGCAUGAAUGUUAGAUAGACUUUCCCAUAUUUUUUUGCCAUAUUACCAUUAAGGGCAAAGUGAAGAAUAGAAUAACACUGUUUAAUAAUGAUGCUUUAUUACAAUUGUAUCGCUCUUAAUGUGACAGUUUUUAAUCAUAAGCUCAUUAUUCAAGUAAAAAGAAAAAGUUAUAAUCUAAAAGUAUAGUGUUGAUGUUGAUUUUGAGUCUACUGCCUUCUUUAAAAGAUCUAGUUAAUGUUUGUUUUUAUUUUUUAUUCUUCUUCUUAUUUUUUUUUGGGGGGGUGAGUCUUAACAUUUGUUUGAGUUAAAACUGUUCUGACUUUAUAUUUUGCUCCUAUAUCUGUAUAAUUCCCAUUUUUUCCAUUGAAUUUCAUUUUAAUUUUAAAAUAUUACACCUUUUUUACAUUCUCAAUAAACUUGAGGUUUAUUUAUCAAGGUUAUCUAAUGAAGAUGUGAAUGUAUCUUAUUGGCUUUUUUUGCUGUGUUUGUCUUCAUCUUCAUAGCAAGUGAACAGUCCUUUUUCACAACUCAAGGAAAGUUCAAAAUCCUGUCAUUCUACAUUAUUAUUAUACAGAGUUUAUUGAUAAAGAGUAGCAGGAUUUUCUAUGUUCACAUUAUUGCCCUGAAUAUAGAAUAUACGAAAAGGA